UACCUCGUCUCUUUUUUUUGAAAAAAAAAGGAGGAAGUGUGAGGAAAAAUGACAAGAAGAUAUUGGAACAUCAAUUUGGAAGAGAUGAUGGAGUCGGGAGUUCAUUUUGGCCAUGGUACUAGAAAAUGGAAUCCUAGAAUGGCACCUUAUAUCUCUGCCAAGCGUAAAGGUAUUCAUAUUACAAAUCUUACUAGAACUGCUCGUUUUUUAUCAGAAGCUUGUGAUUUGGUUUUUGAUGCAGCAAGUAAGGGAAAACAAUUCUUAAUUGUUGGUACCAAAACUAAAGCAGCUGAUUCAGUAGCACGGGCUGCGCUAAAGGCUCGGUGUCAUUAUGUUAAUAAAAAAUGGCUCGGUGGUAUGUUAACAAAUUGGGCCACUACAGAAACGAGACUUCAUAAGUUCAGGGACUUGAGAACGGAACAAAAAACGGGGAAACUCAACCGUCUUCCGAAAAGGGAUGCCGCUAUGUUGAAAAGACAAUUAUCUCACUUGCAAACGUAUCUGGGCGGGAUUAAAUAUAUGACGGGGGUACCCGAUAUUGUAAUCAUUGUUGAUCAGCACGAAGAAUAUACGGCGGCCCUUCGAGAAUGUAUCACUUUGGGAAUUCCAACAAUUUGUUUAAUCGAUACAAAUUGUGACCCGGAUCUCGCGGAUAUUUCGAUUCCAGCUAACGACGAUGCUAUAGCUUCAAUCCGAUUAAUUCUUAACAAAUUAGUAUUCGCAAUUUGUGAGGGGCGUUCUAGCUAUAUAAGGAAUUCUUGAUUAAUAAUAAGAUAAAUAAAUUACUUUGGAAACUCCAUGGAUUUAGGAAAUUGGUUACUAUUUAUGAAUCUAAAAAAAGAGAUAAA